AUGAGCCCAGGUGAAGGUAACCGGUGGGCGAAGGGGCAAACGCGGCGGGCGACCGAGCCGGAGUGGUUCGAGAAUGGGUUUUUUGCGGAGGCUCGGCAGCUCCGCGCGAAGCUUCCCGCAAAAUUUCGAUGGGCCCGCUCCAACUCCGCCGCGUUUCGCCUCUUCCCACUCCGCGCCGAUACUGUCUCGUUGCUUCUUUCGCGCCGUUUUGAAUCUCGGGUUCUUUCAGUUUUGUACAGCUCACAGGCGUCGCGAGAGAGAAUAACCAAAAGCAUGGCCAAAGUCGAAGUUGACCUCUACGAGGUCUUGGAAAUUGAAAGAGGAGCGACCAAGGAAGAGAUUCGCUCUGCCUAUCGCAAGGCUGCCCUCUCCAGCCACCCCGAUAAGGUUCCCGAAGAUGAGCGCCCCGCCGCCGAGAGCAAGUUCAAAUCGGUUCAAGAGGCGUACGAAAUCCUCUACGAUGACAACAAGCGCCAAAUUUACGAUACCCAUGGCAUGUCCGCAUUCAACGGCUCCGGAGACCCAGGUAUGGGUGGCAUGCCCGGCGACGUCGACCUUGAUGACCUUCUAGCGCAGAUGUUCGGUGGCAUGGGCGGCAUGGGUGGAGGUAUGCCUGGUAUGGGAGGUAUGCCUGGGGGUAUGCCCGGUGCAGGCAAGCCGCGCCGAAGCCGUGACGAGCAGCAAGACUACGAACUCAGCCUCGAGGAGCUGUACAAGGGCAAGACCGUGAAAUUCUACAGCACCAAGAAUGUCAUUUGCAGCCUGUGCAAGGGCAAGGGCGGCAAAGAAAAGGCGAAGGCCAAGCAGUGCUCGACAUGUGGCGGUGUCGGAGUUAAGGAAUUUAUCAACCAAAUGGGCGGCUUCUUGACCAAGCAGACCCAGGCCUGUACCACGUGUAGCGGCCAGGGUUCUUUCUUCAGCCCCAAGGACAAGUGCAAGAAGUGCAAGGGAAAGAAGACGACCGAGGAGAAGAAGCUGAUUGAGCUGUACAUUCCUCCUGGAUCUCGUGAGGGAGACAAGAUCGUGCUCGAAGGUGAAGCGGACCAGGUCCCGGACCAAGAGCCGGGCGAUAUCGUUUUCCGUCUCGUGCAGGAGGAGCACGAAGUCUUCGACCGUGCCGGUGCCGAUCUCCGAGCUACCAUUGAUGUCACUGUUGCCGAGGCUCUAACCGGAUUUUCUCGCGUGGUGAUCAAGCACCUCGACGGCCGCGGUAUUGAGCUCACACACCCUGCUGGCAAGGUUCUUACUCCCGGACAAGUUCUCAAGGUCUCGGGCGAAGGAAUGCCGAUCAAACGCAGCGAUUCCAAGGGCGACCUCUACCUUGUUGUCAACGUGAAGUUCCCCGAAGAGAACUGGAGGCCCAGCCCUGAGAUGCUUGAGAAGCUCAAGGAGACGCUACCUUCUCCCGACGCUCCUAUUGAAGCCACUCCCGUGGAUGAGGUCCACUAUGAUGCCAAUGGAAACAUGGAAGAGUUCGGCGCUCGGGAUGCGCAAGGAGGCUCCGCAUGGGUUGAUGACGAUGAUGAGGAGGAGCCGGCGCAGUGCGCGGCUCAGUAA